UUCCCUCUCGGAACUUUUUUUUUUUUUUUUUGAAGAGAAAUACUUCUGAGGAUAUGAUAAUGAUACUGCUUUUAAAAAUAAAUUUUAGAAAAUUUAAAAAAUAUUAUUUUAAUAUAUUUGUUUUUUUAAAAAAAAACACCCUGAGAAAUUAACGAAAAAUUGAAAACAUGGCUACGUUGCUCUCUUCCACUUCUUUCCUGGGAUUCCCAUUCCCCAAGCAUUUCUCCUACUUCACUCCCUUACCAGAUAAAAGGAACUCGUUGAGAUUGAAUAAGGAAACCCUUUUGCGCUACAGUUGUUGUGUCACAACGUGUUCUUCUUCCACUUCUGUGUUCACAAUGUCAUCAAGUGGCGGUUCCUAUGAGAAAUCGAAGAGGGUAUGGAUAUGGACAGAAAGCAAGCAAGUCAUGACUGCUGCUGUGGAAAGAGGCUGGAAUACCUUCAUCUUCUUGUCCAACCAUAGACAACUUGCUAUUGACUGGUCAUCAUUCUCCUUUAUAAACCCUUUAUUUAUCGAGGAAGGAGAAGUUUUGGAUGGUGAGAACAAAAGGGUUGCCACUAUCUUUGAGGUUUCAACUCCCCAAGAAUUACAGCAGCUUCAACCAGAAAAUGGGCAGGCUGAGAAUGUGAUUAUUAAUCUAUUGGAUUGGCAGAUAAUACCUGCAGAGAAUAUUGUUGCAGCUUUUCAAGGCAGUCAAAAGACAGUGCUUGCCAUCUCAAAAACUCAUUCUGAAGCACAAAUCUUCCUUGAGGCCUUGGAGCAUGGUUUGGGUGGAGUUGUUCUAAAAGUUGAAGAUGUUGAAGCUGUUAUUAAGUUAAAGGAAUAUUGUGAUAGAAGGAAUGAAGCAACCAAUCUGCUAAGCUUGACCAAAGCUACCGUAACUCGAGUUCAAGUAGCUGGAAUGGGUGAUCGUGUUUGUGUGGAUCUCUGUAGCCUCAUGAAACCUGGUGAAGGGCUUCUGGUUGGUUCCUUUGCUAGAGGACUAUUCCUUGUUCACUCAGAGUGCUUGGAGUCAAAUUACAUUGCAAGCAGGCCAUUUCGUGUUAAUGCAGGACCAGUGCAUGCAUACGUCUCGAUUCCAGGUGGAAGGACUUGCUAUCUUUCAGAGCUAAAAGCAGGUGAAGAAGUUUCUGUGGCUGAUCAGAACGGGCAGCUACGAACUGCAAUUGUUGGCCGUGUGAAGAUAGAAACUAGACCUCUUAUUCUUGUUGAGGCAAAGAGAGAGUCAGAUGAUCAAACAGUAUACAGCAUUUUCCUCCAGAAUGCAGAAACAGUUGCCUUAAUCCCUCCUUGUGAAGGAAAUGGACUGCUAAAAGCAGCUAUUCCUGUUACUUCACUGAAAGUUGGAGAUGAAGUAUUAUUGCGAAUACAAGGAGGAGCACGGCAUACGGGUAUAGAAAUUCAAGAAUUCAUUGUUGAGAACUGAAUAAUGUGAUGUGAUCAUGCUAUUUAUGGCGUUGAGGGGGCAAAAAUGUAUAUUUGUGAAAAUUAUCUAUUUUAAAAUUAAUAAAUAUGGAGAAAGAAUGAGCUUUCCUUUGAAA